AUGGCUCUGGCGGACCCGGCGGUGGGGAUCGGAUCGCUAAAGAUCCCGCUCUCCAUAAAGAGGCUACAGCCCACGGGCCGGGCCUAUUCCAUCGGCGUAUGGUCUCACUAUCAGCUCUUGGAUUGGACGGAGCACUCCACUGCUUUCAGGUGCUGGCUCCUCAACGACGCGGGGGAGACGGUGCUCUUCUUCGAUUCCGUACAUCUGCAGGAGGUCCGCGACGAGCACUUGCAGAAGGUGCUUCAGGCCUCUGGUCGGCUGGGUGCGGAGCAGCAGGCGCUUUACAGCACCCUCUGGCGGCCGCUUGACAAGCCGGAGAACUUUCAGGCAUCCACCUCGGGGUUUGCGGGGGGGGGGGCACCCUUCUUAGGGUUCAAGGGUUGGGGCUUUCAUGCUAUGAUUAGGGUUGAGGGCUUAGGGUUUGAGAGGCUCGGAAGAAAUGUCAGGCAUCCUCCUCAGGGUUUCCACGCGCAAUGCAGUUGA